AUGGAGCUCGGCGGCGGCGGCGGCAACAGCUACUACUCCGGCUACGGACGAGGGAGCGGGAGCCACACCGAAGCCACCGCAGGCGGGGUGGGUGAGGUCGGCCCCGGCGCCCCGUGCUGGAGGAAGGGGCUCUCGGAAAGCGCCCCGCCGCGGGGCCUGGGACGCCGCUCCUUGAACGCCUUUGGCCCCCCCUGCACAAAUCUAAAGGUUCUUCUUGAGAGAGAUUUAUCAAAAGAGCGCCAUGAGUUGCUAAAGGAUCAAAGACUAUUUCAUAACCGAGCACGAAAACAUUCUAUAGAAACAAAUAAAAGGAGGAGAGCACUUGAAGAAAAAUGGAAAGAGGAUGAAGAAAAAGAACGAAAAUUUAGAGAACAGGUUUUGCUGCAAAGGAAACUGAAACUUCAGGAAGCAACUGAAAGGUUCCAGCGUGGCCAUCUUUCAUCUUCACAGCGCAAGAGAGUAGGAGUGCAAAGAAAACCAGAACUUAAAUUGGAUGAGGCUCUUCAGAAAAUUCAGGGAGCAGGAUUACCAUUGCCAUCAACCAGAGUCACUGUGAGAAAUGUUCCUUUUCAUUGGAAACAGAGCUCAGAAAAAGCUGGUUUUGAUAGAGUAACACAUGAAAACUGUAGGACAAAUCUGGAUAGUGACCAGUUUCUUUUCCAACAAAACCUGGAUGAAAUGCAACAGCAGCUGCAAGAACAGCAUUUUGACAACCUUCAGGAGUUUCAUCAAGAAGUGAAUGAAAUAGUCCAUUCAGAAAGUGUUUGCAGUGUGGACAGUCUUGAGGCUGGAGAACCAAAUGAAAGUUGUACAACGCCCAGUGAAACAUCUUCUUUGACUGCACAGCAGGAUUCUUCACUCCACAAUUCACAGAGAUCACAGAUUAGAAAUAAACAUUUCUCUGAUGAAACUGACAUCACUUUUUCUAAAAAUCAGCAUGUAAAUAACUGGCUCAUAAAUUUAAAUACCUCAGAUUUUCAGACAACUUCCCCUUUUCGUGAUAUUUUAAUUAAAUACAAUGUUGUACCUUCUGAUGAGGAUACAUGCAAUCCUGAUCAGAAAUCAUCUGGUUCAAGUACAGCCGAACAAAGAGAGACUGAGACGUGUGCUUCUGAUGAUAAUCUAACUUUUGCAGAAUUUAAGAGAGAAGACAAAAGCUUUCUGUUGAAAAAUCCAUCUCCAGGAAUAGUUGGUGCAGAAUACCCUUUAACCACUGACACACCUGUACUCAAAUCAGACGAAGCUUGGGCUAUUCCUGAUUCUUCUCCAGUGGUUUCAGUGCAAGAACAGAAUUCUGAAUUUCCCCAGAAUAAUGCAACCUCAUCAGUGCAGGCUUCCACUCAACACUCGGUACCCUCUUCAAUCUUUCCAGUUAGAGAGUGGAGUACUACUGUUCCAUACAGUGACAGCUUCUUGCUUAAUUGCAUGCAGAAGGGGAAAAGUGCUCAUGCAGCAAGGUGUACUGAAGAUUUAGACUAUGUAACAUGUGCUAAAGAUGAAAAAUACUUUGACCAUGUUAAUAUUGAUACACCUUUUAUUGAAGAGACAUGUAAAAGCAAUAGUGAUCAACAGAAAGACAAUGGGGAGGAAAAAGUGAAUGAAAUGUUAUCUGUGCCUCAUGAAGACCUCAUGGACAAUUUAUCUGACUAUGACCAACAGAGGAAUACCCCCAGUGAGAAAAAAGUAGUGAAAUUGCCAAAAAGCAUUUUGAAAAAAGAAUCUAAAUAUGAAUCUCGGUAUUUCAAGGCAAUAGUUAUAAAUAGAGGGGUCAAAUUUGGGAAUCAGCCUGUGUCAUCUGCUCGAGACAGUGUUGAAUUGGCAAAAAUAAAAGGAAAAGAUGCCAACAUUCAAAAGAACUCUAAAAAACUUAGGUGGUUUGAUGAAGUUAAUGAAGUUGUGGGAACAAAUUAUGAUGAGAAAUGUUCAGAACAAACUAUAACGGAAAUACCUCAGAAACAGCCCCAACCACCCAGUUUUCAAAUUAGAGUUAGCAAUUCUAGAACUAAUAUUAGAAGCAUCCCACCUUGUAUGAUCAAUUCUGUUUUUUCAGAAGAUCACCAGGAGAAUUCUCAAAUAUCUGCUAAACUUACUACAGUUGGCUCAGAACGAGAUAAUGGGAUACAGAAUGCAUUUGUAUCUGCAGGAUAUCAUGUUGCUAAACAGGCAUGGAUGGCACCAAGAGGUGAAGAAAUUAAACCCUUUCCAUAUAAUUAUGACCCUAAAAGCUUAAGAAGCAAUCCACGGAAAGGUAGAACAAAAAUGAUCAAACGUCCAAAAUCUGCCAAAGCUUCAUCAUCAGCAGCUUUAAUAAAUAAAAACCGAAAAGGUACUAUUAUUCGACCACAGUCUGCUAGUGAAGCCACCAAGGUCAUGAAAACUCAGGGAAGAAUCAUAAUGCCUCACCCUCCAUGUAAACCUACCCCAGGCAAAAGACUGGAUGAAAAUCCAUCAGACAGCAUGGCUCACACAGAUACUGAAAAGAGUCACUUUUUAAAUGAAAGGAAUCUUUUGCCUGAAAGUCAAGAUUUAGGAAGCGAUUCUACAGAAAAUCCUUCAACUUCAGCUCACAUGGCCACUAUGAGCCCUUCUUACAGUAUAUUCAUGUAUGAGCCUUUGAAAAGGACCAAGUGUGCUCAAUCAAUUAGCAAGUAUAGCAGCUUUACCAAAAAAGGCUCCAUGUACUCAGAAAAUGGAUUAAGUCCAGAUCGCACACCAACUGAUGAAGAAAUCACAAUCUUGUGGCAAGGAGUACAUCGUGCACUGGGUCAAAGGGAUGGUGCAGCUGGAGAUUCACAGUAUUGUGCCACACCCUGCAAUAAUUCAAACAACGGCGACUUACAACCCAGUAGACCUAAUCUGUCUCACAUCACUAUUGAUGGUGGCAAUCUGAUGGGCACAGUUAAAUCAGGUGUUAGGGUGAAUGCAAUUUUUUCUUCUCAGCCAAGCACAACAGUUACUUUUGCAAGAAGAAAACUUGGUAAUGAAAAUAAUGAAAAUAAACGCAAGGCUCUUUUAGAACAGAGGAGACAAGUGACAGCAUCUGUGGGACACAAGCCCAAUAAUGUUGGAAAGGCCUUGAAGCAGGCUCCAUCUCAGUGUGCAUAUGAGCCAGUGCAAGCCAGGUGUGCUAUCAGUAAUUCUGAUGAAGUUUCAGAUAGCACUACACAGUUUCUGUUAGCUGAAAACUUAGUGAACAUGUCAGCUACUGAAAGUGAAAUCUUGACUGGUUUGGACACGGCCCAACUGCACAAACAGACUGUUGUGCUGAACAGACCCCCACGGCAAGGAAUGACUUCCCUGUCAUUCGAAGAGCACAAAGUUCUUCAGUCACUUGACCGCAUUAAUCAAAGGCUGCAGAAUGUUCGUGAAACCAUCAACCAAACCCCAUCAUCUGCAAGUGUUUUACAAACUAUCUCCCCUUUGGUUGCAGCUCCCUCAUACAUGGACAUCAUGCCUCCAGCACAGAGGUACAAGAGCAUAACAGAUGCUACUCAUCCCCUAGGGCACAGAAAAUACUGACUUGGCCUAAUGAAGGCUGUUGAACUUGGAUUUAUUUUAAUAUAUUAUCAGCUGCUAUAUUUGUAACAUAAUUAUUUGCAACAUGCCUUAAAUGCUAUUAAAAACCUUAAAAUAAACAAAAAUAACACAAGUAUUGACUGCUUGUUCCCUAGUUUACAUUUAGGGCAAAAAUAAUAUAUGCACUUUAUUGUAAAAUGUAUUGUAUUUUUUUAAGAAUGGAAAUACCUCACUUUUGAAU